GGUCUAUAAAUACAGAGGUACACACCGUACCAAACCAGAACCUGCAUCUACGAUCAACCGCAACGAAACUCAAAACUUGAAACAAGCCUUACCCUACGCCAAGAAAUCAUCUGAAAUCGAUUGCUAUAUAUCGUCAUAAAGACAAGCCAAGGAAGUUAAAUUUUAUCAACUAAAGAAGAAAUCAACAAAAUGGUUGCAGUAUCAAUCUAUCUAGUAGCAGUUGCCGUGUUGUUGACUGUCGCCUACUUAAAGACCUUAUAUAGGAGAAGAAGGACCAAUGAACCACCGAUCCCAAAGGGUCAUUUCAUUUGGGGAAAUGGAGCUGACUUUUCCAAGCAUGCCGUUAAAUAUCUACACGCAACGCAGAAGAAGCUAGGAGACAUCUUUACCAUCAGAUUACUUCACCAACACCUUACUGUUGUUAUGGACCCUCAUUCAUAUGAAGCAUUUGUGAAGGAGCCAAACUUUGACUUCGAUCCUAUCCAGAAACAAGUGAACCACAAUGUGUUCAGUUUUGCUCUUAUGGAUUCAAAGAAAAUGUUGAAAGAAGCAGGUAAAAAAGUGCGCGGAACGCAUUUACACAAAGGCAUGGAACAGUAUUCAAAGUACUUGAACGCUACACACAUUGGGGUUACGAGCUCAGAGGGUUUUGGACCUGCAACAGAAUGGAGAACGGACGGACUUCGACAGUUCAACUCCAAAACAUUGUUUGUUAGUAUGUUCUAUACAAUCUUCGGCAAAGGAAAGUCAACUGACGUCUUCGAACCUUUAACAGUUUACAAAAACUUUGAUCUAUUCCACAAAUACUUCAAUUACCUUUGGCUCGGAAUGCCCGUUAACUUGUUCCCCAAAGCGCUAAAGGCCCUAAGUGUUUUGUGCCAGCAGCCUGGAUCAGCCGAACUUUUAAGCAGAGACGAUGUGUCAGAGUAUAUAAGAUUCUCAACCCAGUUCAUGUUGGACCAUGGACAAACUGAAAAGGACAUAAUUGGACACAAUUUGGUUUACUUACACGUGAAUUACAACACGUUCAGAAUGGCUUUCUGGGCUGUGUUUUAUCUCAUGCAGCACAAAGAAGCACUGAAUGCUCUGAGGGAAGAGAUUCAAGAAGUCGUCGACACAAAAAUCUCAAAUGGUGAAGUAAACGAGGAUGGAGAGGUCAACCUGACACUUGAAGACAUUGACGGAAUGGCCUUAUUAGACAGCAACACAAAGGAAACUCUACGCAUGUGCAGUGGGGUCUUCAUGGUUCGUGCUAUCACUGCCGAUACAACGUUUGAGGAGGGCGGCAAAAAGUACAACUUGCGUCAGGGGGACAAGAUUGCUAUGUACCCACCCACCAUCCACCAGGACCCAGAAAUAUUCGAAAAUCCAGAGUCAUACAAACAUGACAGAUUCGUAGAUGCCAAAUUCUAUAAAUACGGCAAAGAGAUCAGAAACCCAGUUCUCUCCUUUGGAUCGUUGUGUCCCGGUAAAAAGUACGCAAUAUCGCAAGGAAAAUGGUUCUUGUUAUCGCUCGUCUAUAAAUUUGACUUUGAACUAUGCGAGGGUGAAACAACAGAAUUGGACGUGAAAUAUUAUGGACAUGAGAUUCUGCCGCCGACCAAUGACGUACAGAUGAGAUACAGGAUGAGGGAAAAUACACACACGCUAGCCUUCACAUCGUGAUAAUGUGACAAGGAUUAAAAUGGACUGCUUGGAAAACAAUGUGAAAAACUGUUCAUGUGAAGGACAAAAGUGACUAGAGAACAGUGAAAAAUGUUUUAAACCUAAUUUAUUUUUAUUUAUUGAUGUUUGAAAGGUUGUUUUGCUUUUCGGAGAGUGCUAUUAUUAUUAUGAUGACUAUACGUGACACUUGUUCGCCGUGGUUGUGUGUCCGCGCAGAUCAUUAUAAAAUGCCAAAGUUAAAUGUAAAUGUUUAAUUGCAACAGGUCCCAUGUGUUUUUCUCAUAAAUUUUACACGUGUUGUUUUCUUCAUCUUCAUUCAUUCCUCAUCGCCACUUAUUGUUGUUAAUUCGGGCACGAGUUGUGAUAAUCAUUAUUCAUGUGUGUCGCCAUUACUCAUCAUGUAUUACGGGUAAAAGUGCAAAGAGGCUAUCUCAUCUCACGUAUGAGUUGUGCGAAAAGUGUGCAAAAUAUUAAACAUAGUUUUUUUGUAUGAUAGAUAGCAUUUGUCGGGGGACAUUAUGUAUCAUUAUUGACACGUCAAAAAAAGUUAACGUAAAAAUGAUUCAGAUUGAAUUCAAAUACAGAUAUGUAUAUUUAUAAAUCAUAAAUAUAUGUAUCUAUAUAAAUCAAUGUCCUCCGAGUUUACAAUAGCACGCAUUUCAAGUAUUGAAUUUAUUUUUGUAAUCCGAUGUUUUCAGUAUAAAUUAUACGCAUACCGACCAAAAGUUGUGUAUAACUUUCGCCAACCCAAGUAUACACUAAUAUAUACAUGAUCUGUCUCCAAGCAAAGUUACUGGCGUUUUAUCGGUAAUUUCGUCUCAGUUUAUUUAUUUAUUUAUUUAAAUCAUGUCUGGCUGUUACAACAGUUUCAUCUUCGAUAUCAAUUCAUAUUUUACGCCGCGAAAAAAGCCCUGUUUUCGUAAAUAUUUAUUUAACCCGAGAAACGCGGACCAAACUGUCCAUUCAAAAGGUGUCUUUGUGACGCUAGUGACUGUAUAUAGCACACACCUUUUCGUGUAUUAAUGUAUAUCUUUGAAUAAUGUGUUUCAGCAUAGUUAUUUAUGUAUUUCAUUUCGUCACAAUUCCAACAUCAUUGUUAUAUCUUUCAUCAUAAGAUGCCAUUUGUACAAAUAUUCAUUUAUUUAUUUAAGUUAAUUGUAUAAUUUAUUGCGUCCAAUACACGAACUUCUGAAUAUCUGGUGCUUCAACAUUGAUCAACAAAAAUGUUGAAUUGUUGAAAAAUAAAUUUCAUA